AUGCCCCCAGAGUCCACAGGCAGGACCUCUCCAAUGGUCCAACUCGGGAGCAUGACCGGCCUCUCCGGCCCCGCCCUGGCCCUCGCCGCCGCCUGCCUCCAUUCGCUGGCGAUGGCCGAGACGACGAGCACCACUGUCACGUCCCUGGACCUCAUCACCCUCUACCCGACCACCACCCGGGUCACCAUCGUGACCAUCGCCCCCGGCGAGUCCUCCAGCACCAGCUCGGGCACCCUGACGAGCACGGUCUGGGUCCCGUCGUCGUCGUCGUCGCCAUCGAGCGCCAACCCGUCCGCCUUCCUCGGCGCCAGGGUCGGCAUCUUCGACCUGCCCUCGACCCUCGUCACCAAGAUGGUCAAGAGCCCGGCCGCGCCGUCUCCGCAGCCCACGGGUACCGUCGUCGAGAUUGCUUUUGUUGGGGUGGCCCCCUCGGCCAAAGCUGGCUCGCCGGCCGGGGCGGCCGCUGCUGUCAAAGCAGCCUCUGCCGACCAAGAGGUCGCUGCCGCCAAGGACGCCUCCACCGACGAAGCCUCCGCCGACGAAGCCUCCCCCAUGGAAGCAUCCUCCAGCGUUGAAGACGCCUCUGCCGUCGGAGCUGACCCGGUCCGGGUGGCCCAAAAGGAGGAGGAUGCUGGGUCCUUCAUUUAAUGUCUUGUCCGAACAAGUACCUUGUUAUGGGUUGGAUGAGAGGAAAUAUGGCAUGAUGGAUGGGAAAUGUGGCUGGAUAGGUCUGGACCAAUGAUCAAGCAG